UGGUCUGUUUGGAUGCCAUCCUAGCAUCUGUUAUCCAGCAUUACCUGGGACCUCAACCUGUUACUCCAAGGACUCUGGCCCAACCCUGCUUUGUGUCUCUCCUGUCUUCUGCCACCAACAAGAAUAGUCUCUCCUUUCCUCCUCCUGAUCAUCCUCCUUGUGCAAUGAGAGACUCAGCCCCUCAGGAUCUUCUGCUGCAGGGAGUGGAUCCCUACUCAGCUGUGUGCUGCCCCGGUUCCUGUGUCCUGUCCUCUGCUCACCUUGAGACCCACCAGCCGAGCUGUGGAGCUCCUCCCCUCCGAUCCUCGUUCUACCUCAGUGGGGACACCCUGCGGAACCACGUGACUCCCCAUGGUGGAGCCGUCUCCUUCCUCUUCCCGGUGACGUCAGAGCAGGAUGCUGGGAACUACGCCUGCGAGGCUGAGAACAGUGUCUCCAAAGAGACAAGCAAGCCUGAGACACUCUCCGUGGAGGGCGUGCAAAAAGAAAAGGUCGUGUGAAGAUACAUCGAGAUGGCAGCCACCUACAAGUGAAGAGAAGAGGCUUCAGGAUGAAACCUACCUUGCUGGCACCCUGAUCUUGGACUUCUAGCCCCCAGAACUCCAAAGGGGACUCUGGAGAUGGUGUGGAUCCCGAGGAAGUGGUUGUGGUCCUUCAGGAGUCCAUCAGCCUCCCCCGGAAAUACCAUUGGAUGAAGAGGUUGAGGGUUUCUCUGGUGGCACAGUGGUUGGGAGUCCACCUGCCAGUGCAGGGGACACGGG